CUGCUGUCCAGCUCUGCUCCUCCCUGCUCAGCUAGGGCACUUGCUCUUCCCUGUUCUCACCAGAGAGGCACAAGCGCUCCGUCCCUUCCAGCGGCAGGCGAAGGGAAGAGAAAGGGUCUGUUGUUUUUCUCUCCUUGUUUCUCUCUCCCUCUUUGCUGAUUACCAAGCUGCUGACCGGAUCAGAAAGCUCUGAUGGAAAUCCUCCAGUGCUGGGCAAACCCCUCCUCCUCCAGAGAGCUUGUCUUUGACUAAUUUUUCUUUCUCCCAGUGGGAAAAAGAGAGAGAGAGAGAAAGAGGAAAAAAGAAAACCCACAAACUUCCUUUAAAAACCAGUUUGUAGUUAGGGCCUGGAGUGCGCACGCGGAGACUCAGCCUCUCAAGAAUCCUGAAGCCACUCAGAGCCACCACCGGGAGCACCUGGGCUGCGCCCCUGCUUGCCCUCACCCCACUGCGGUGCCCCAGUCCUGGGCGUGAGUCCGGAAGUAGCCACAACCCAGCCAGGACGGCCAGCCACGCUCGUAAAGCUGUGUCAACCUGUAUAAGCUCUGGACAGCCGGCCUGGUGGUGCCCCUCGCUGAUCCCACCUCCCCCAUCAGACUGCCAGAGCUGAACCCUCCUGCUCCGUCCUGGAACUGCACCCACUUCUUUAAGGGAAGCUGGCUCCACUUAAUGUGUUCAGUCCCUCCAGAACUAUCAUUCUCAAGCCUAGAAGCCCAAGCCACCGUUGGUUCCAUCUGGUCACAAGUUAAAAGUGGAAAGAUCUCAGUCUGAGUCCUGUUUAUGCAAGCUGAGAAAGGCAUGUACUACUUGUAGCCAGGAGUGCCUGUGCAGAUACACAGCCAGCCUUCCAUACAGCAUUCAUUUUCUAAGACUUCUCUGGGUGGCUUUGCUUUCUGGCUCAACGAUCUUCUUCUUACUGGACAGGUCUAUGUUUUGCAUACCAAGACUGACAUAGGCAAGCCCUUGAGGUUAGGAAACAUCCCCAGCUUCCCUCAGUUGACUCCCUUCCCAUCAUGGAGCACCCUCAGCCUGAACAUCCGUCCUCGGGUAAGGCCAGGAAUGCAGAAACAGACACCUCUGAAAACCAGGAGGUCCUAUCAGGACCAGAUGAGUACCCUCAGGACCAAGACACCAGAGAUGCUGAUGAGGAAGCUGCAAAACAAGAGCCAGGAGACCAAGCUUUGUUACCAACCCAGAGUGGGGAGAACCUUGAGUCCCCUCCUCCUGAAACUAACUCAAGUCAACCUGGGCCAUCCUGUAGCAUGUCACCUGAGGCAGAGACACUAGGAGCAUGCUCCAGGCCCCAGGAGCUUCCCCAGUCCCCGAGGACCCAACAGACUGAGCCAGAUUUCUACUGUGUAAAAUGGAUCCCCUGGAAGGGAGAACGGACACCCAUCAUCACCCAGAGCACUAAUGGUCCUUGCCCUCUCCUUGCCAUCAUGAAUAUCCUCUUCCUUCAGUGGAAGGUGAAGCUGUCUCCCCAGAAGGAAGUGAUCACAUCAGAUGAGCUCUUGACCCACCUUGGAAACUGCCUCUUGUCCAUCCAACCUCAAGGAAAAUCAGAGGGACUUCAGCUUAAUUUUCAGCAGAAUGUGGACGAUGCAAUGACAGUGCUGCCAAAGCUGGCCACCGGUCUUGAUGUCAAUGUGCGAUUCACAGGAGUCUCUGACUUUGAGUAUACACCCGAAUGCAGUGUCUUUGACCUACUAGGCAUACCUCUGUACCAUGGCUGGCUUGUUGAUCCACAGAGUCCCGAGGCUGUGAGCGCAGUUGGGAAACUGAGUUACAACCAGCUAGUAGAGAAGAUCAUCACCUGCAAACACUCCAGUGACCCCAACCUCGUGACAGAAGGCUUGAUUGCAGAGCAGUUCCUGGAGACCACUGCAGCACAGCUGACCUACCAUGGCCUGUGUGAGCUUACAGCGGCUGCCAAGGAGGGUGAACUUAGUGUCUUUUUCCGCAACAACCACUUUAGCACUAUGACUAAGCACAAGGCUAACACUGUGGAGUUCCAGCCAGCACAUCAGUUAAUUCAAGUGGUCUGUGCAUCUCAGGAGGAGCAAGUGGUAUGGGAGAGCCUGCACAACGUGGACGGAGACAGCUGCUUCUGUGACUCUGACUUCCACCUAAGUCAUUCCCUCGGCAAGGGCCCUGAAGCACAAGGUGGGGGUAGCUCCCCAGAGAAGCAGCUGCAGGUAGACCAGGAUUACCUGAUGGCCUUGUCCUUGCAACAGCAGCAGCAGCCACAAGGAAUGCUGGGCCUUAGUGACCUGGAGCUGGCCCAGCAACUUCAGCAAGAGGAGUAUCAACAGCAGCAACCAGUCCAGCCUGCGCAGAUGCGGGCCCUGUCACCCCAGGUGUCCCUUGGGACCCUUCUCCUGCUGGACCCUCUUCCUGGAACCCCUUCCUGUUUUUCUCUCCCUGUAGUCCCUCCUGAUCCCGACCCCCUAACCCCUUGAAUCUCAGUCCUCUACUCCUCCAAAGUUGUUGGAUGACCCAAUGUUAAAUCCCGCACAGGGGAGAGGAGCCACCACGUCAGGACGCCCAGCCGGGGAGCGCCGACAGAGGCCGAAGCAGGAGUCGGACUGCACUCUGCUAUAGCUCUGCCCGCUGCUCCCCCAUCUCAACCCCUGAGAUACAUGGGGUAGCUUAUUUAUGGACUGUUGGGGGUCAGAGCAGGCAGUAGUAAAUACCAAGGUCAAACUCGGUAAUGUCCCUGCCCUCAUGUGCUGCUGCCUCUCUUCCUCCCAGGGCAACACUGGGAUGGGCAGGGUGAAGAUGUCUGAUUCCUAACUCCCUUUCCGGGAAUAAUCACAUGAACACACAGACUCAGGCUACAGGGUGAGGGCCUAUCUGGGCUGCACCUUUCUCCCUCCUCCCUACCCUGCAGGCCUGUCUCCUUUUGCUUCAGGGUUUGAUUUGGCUUUCUAUGUCUGUUAUUUGUAAUGCCUUCCUAGAGGUUUGGAAAUAAAAUUCUUUCCUGAGA